AUGGCGAAGACUGGAGGCGUAGUCAUGGAGAAAAUUGGUGAAGCUUCUCAAUGGAUUGCAUCCGAAAUCAAGGAUUUUCUUCAGUAUUUGUCAAACAACGCAACGGAGCUUCUCAACGUAGCAAGGCGGUUUUUCGACAAUUUUUCGGAGGAAUUCAAAGAAGCCCUUGUGAAAUCUAAGUGCGCCAUUGACGACACUAUAGCGAAAGCAACGGAACAUAUGAGUAAAUGGACGGAUGCAGCCUGUAAUUCGAUCGUUCAAUUGAAGAAUUUGGUAGCUUCAAUGCUGCAGCUGAUGCUGGACCUUCGUCAUAGUGGCCUGAAGAGAUUUCUUAGUUUGAUGCAAGAAUUUGUGAGAAAAACAAAAACCAAGUGUGUGUUGUUUACUGCGAGUGGGGAGUUAAGAGACCUAUGCUGUCUGACAGAAGGGCUUUUAGAGUUGCUUAGUAUCAUAUUGGUUAAGCCAAUUGAUUUAGCUUGGGUUGUCUAUGAAGCUGUUGCGCUCUACAGAAAGAACCCUCAAAUGACCCUCGCCGAAAUGAAGUACGGGAAUAUAUUCAAGAAUUUCCCGGAGGACCAAAGGAAGGCUAUUGUUUUUGUGUACACUUCGAUCAAAGUCAUGUUUAACGUCUUACUUCGAAUUAAACUAGCUAGGAUCUAUCAUCUCAUGUAG